GCCCAAGGAUCAACACAAAACCGCAUUUCAGACCAGGUACGAUCUGUACAAGUUUGUGGUGAUGCCUUUCGGCCUUCGCAAUGCUCCUGGCACCUUUCAGCACGCUAUGAAUCGGAUAUUUCAUGACUACUUAGAUAAGUUUGUCAUCGCGUACCUCGAUGACAUACUUAUUUUUAGUAAGACUGUUGAGGAGCACGUUGCGCACUUGGACAAAGUCCUUAGCCUUCUUCGACAGCACAAGUUCAAGAUCAACGGUGAGAAGUGCGAGUUUGGCCGCACUCGUGUCUUGUACUUGAGUCAUGAGAUUUCCGCGGAGGGAUUGAAGCCCGAUGACGCGAAGGUGGCCAGCAUUCGUGACUGGCCGUGGCCUCAGUCUGUAACUGAGAUGAGGUCCUUCUUAGGGAUGACAUGCUACUACCACAAUUUUGUUCAGAAUUACAGCAUAGUGGCCGCCCCUUUGACGGACCUGACUCGCCUUGACACCCCAUGGGAGUGGACAGACAGGUGCGAGGCUGCUUUCAGACAAUUGAAACAUGCGUUGACACACCAUGAGGUCUUGAAACUCCCUGAUCCUGACAAACCUUUCGUAGUAACUACGGAUGCUAAACAAUAUGGCAUAGGCGCCGUGCUUGCGCAUCAGGAGGGGAAGAAGUUGAGGCCCGUAGAGUACAUGUCCAAAAAGAUGCCCUCUCAAAAGUGGGCUAAGUCCACCUUUGAGAAGGAACUCUAUGUGAUCUACAAAGCNUACAUGUCCAAAAAGAUGCCCUCUCAAAAGUGGGCUAAGUCCACCUUUGAGAAGGAACUCUAUGUGAUCUACAAAGCGCUCACUCAUUGGAGACACUAUCUCCUUGGGAGGUUCUACGUCAGGACUGAUCAUCAGACCUUGAAGUGGAUGAGAACCCAGCCUGUGCUCUCCGACGCUCUGAAGCGUUGGAUUGAAGUCAUAGAGCAGUAUGACUUCGAGCCCCAGUACAUCAAGGGCGAGUACAACAAGGUUGCUGAUGCUUUGUCGCGUAGACCAUAUUUCUCUGGUGCGCUGAUCACUGAGUUCAGGCUUGUGGACGAUGUCACUCGUUCUAUGGUGGAAGCCUAUCGCGAGGAUCCGUUUAUGUCUGAGAUCAUUCGCAGACUCGAGGCGAAGGACAAAGUGACUUCUGCCGAGUUUGAGUUGGUCAACGACUUGCUGUUCCUUGAGAAGGCUAGGAAUAAACGUUUGUGUGUGCCUAAUAGAGAGUCUUUGCACAGUUUAUUUUUAGGAGAGUGUCAUGACGCCACCGGCCAUUUUGGUUUCAAGAAGACUGCAGCCAAUUUGUCGCAGUGGUUCUGGUGGCCCACGAUGAUGAGAGACACGAAGCUAUACGUGGAAACUUGUCAAGUCUGUCAGAGGGACAAGCCACGUACAAAGGCUCCUCUUGGGCUUUUGAAGCCCCUUUCGAUUCCGGAAAGGCCUUGUGAAAGCCUGUCCAUGGACUUCAUGGAUACGCUGGUCACCAACAAGAGUCGAAUGCGUUACGUCUAUGUCAUUGUGGAUAGGUUUAGUAAGUACGCUAGAUUAGUUGCAAUGCCGGAAACAGCAAAGACUGAGUACGUCAUCGAGUUGUUCAAAGAAAACUGGGUCAAAGAUUUCAGACUGCCUAAGUCUAUCAUUAGUGACCGGGAUGUGCGAUUCACUAGUGAACUGUGGAAAGUUGCAACUGCAGAACAGGGCAUGCAGUUGCAAAUGACAUCAGGCAAUCAUCCAGAAGCAAAUGGGCAGGCAGAGCAAUUGAACCGCGUUGUACAACACCUGCUGAGGCAUUACAUCAAGCCGAAUCAGGUAGACUGGGAUGAGAAGCUCGCUCUCAUCGCCAGCCUGUACAACAACGUUGUGCACAGCGCUACGGGAGUAAGCCCGAACAGCCUGCUACUGACUUUCAAGCCUAGACUGCCCUUGGACUUCGUACUGCCUUAGAAUCAGUCAGCUGCUGCACCAGGGACCUUGGAUUUUGCUUAUCGAUAUGAGCAACUGAUGCAACAGGCAGUCGAACAAAUGCACAAAGCACAG